AUGUCUGAGAUCCAGAACCUCUCCCUCGCUGCCCUCAUCCUGGCCGACGACGCUGUCGAGAUCACCGCCGACAAGCUCAUCGCCCUUACCUCGGCUGCCAAGCUCGAGAUCGACCAGAUCUACGCUUCGCUCCUCGCCAAGGCUCUUGAGGGCAAGGACAUCAAGGAGAUGCUCACCAACGUCGGUGGUGGCGGUGCCCCCGCCGCUGGUGCCCCCGCUGCUGGUGGUGCCGCUGCCGCUGCCGGUGGCGACGCCCCCGCCGCUGAGGAGAAGAAGGAGGAGGCCAAGGAGGAGUCUGACGACGACAUGGGCUUCGGUCUCUUCGACUAA